AUGGGAAGUGAGGCUGAGGCCUCAAGCGAGGCAGGCGAGAGCGGGCAGACUAGGCCGCGGGGUUGGGGAGGAGGGACGGAAGCAGAGGAAGGGCACGGACCAGGCCCCAUCCCCACGCAGAAGAGCACAGAAACGGAACAGGACCAAGCACGAAGCCAAACCGUAACGGGGGUGGAGACAAGGAAAAAGCCCCGUCCCAAGACAGCGAGGAUGCGGGCGCAGAAUAGGACAGGACGCGACAGAGACCCGACCGGGCCAGGCCGCUCCCCUCCCCCACCCAGCUCCCCACAGCCGCCGCGUCCCACACAGAAGGAUACCGCUCUUCCCUCCUCAGCCGCAACGCCCACACCGGCCUCUCCACAGAGGCGAGCGAAGCAGACACAAAAUGGCCGCCACGGUCCUCCUGGCCCCACCGCCUCCGAGCUCCCAGCAUGCACCGCGGCGCGGCGGGCGGGGGCUGCCCACGUGACGGGCUCCGGCUGCCCCCACCGCCCCUUGGGCUCUCCCGUCGUGCCUCGUGGGGCGCCCGGCCGCCAUUUUGUCCCAGCCGCCGUGGCGGGCGGCCGUCGGAGUCGUGAGCGGGUGGGGUCCCUGUGGCACCGCGUUGUGUUUCCCGUCUCCGUGCUUAAUGUGAAGGAGAAACUUGUUUUUUCCCUACGAGAUCAGACCGGGCAAGAAGCCGUUAUCUCUUAUGCAGCCCGCCCCGGGCAGUGGCUUGGUGGCGGUUACAUGUGCUGUAAAAUCGAUCAUGAGAACGGCUUGAUUUUCAGAUCCUCGCAGCAGGGAGCAGGCAGCGGGGAUGGCAGUCCCAGCAGCGCGGCGGCAGAGACACCAUCCAGUGAAGACUUCAGCCUCUCCUUGCUGGACACUAACUUACCAGCUGAAGCGGAGACUGAACUGCGCAGUUUUAUUGCUAAGCGUCUUACUAAAGGAGCCCUCUUUGAAGGAAUGGGGAAUGUAGCAUCAGUGGGGCUGAGCAUACCAGAAUAUAAAGUUGGUUGUUAUUACUGUUGUUUCCAACACGAAAAUCUUUUAGAAACGGCAACACUGGAAUCGGACAUCAAUGCUCCAGAAUAUGUGGUUUGUUUCUUAGGUGGCUCAGAGAAAGGUCUGGAACUUUUCAGACUUGAGCUGGACAAAUACAUUCAAAGUCUGAAGAUAAACCUUGAUUUGGAGCAAAAAACCUUGGAGACCUGUGUUAACCCCUACUUGAGAAGCUGGUUUGAGAAUGCCAUAUGCCCUAUUCAGAGAGUAGUACAGCUCUUCCAGGAGAAGCUCGCCUUUUUGUUACAUGCUGCUUUGAGUUAUACUCCUGUGGAAGUAAAAAACGCAGAUGAAAGAACAGAAAAAGACAUUAGCAGGUUUCUGGCAGCUGCCAGCCUCCAAGGACUUGUUCAGGAAGGCACGAUGACCUCCCUGUGUAUUGCCAUGACUGAGGAACAGCACAAGUCGAUGAUUAUAGACUGUAGUGGACCUCAGCCUCAGUUGCAUAACGCAGGAAGCAACAGAUUCUGUGAGGACUGGAUGCAUGCUUUUGUGAAUGGCACUGAAGGUGGAAAUCCAUUUCUCUUCCGGCAGAUUUUGGAAAACUUUAAAUUGAAGGCUAUACAAGACAUUAACAACCUGAAGAGGUUUAUCCGCCAGGCUGAAAUGAACCACUAUGCCUUGUUCAAGUGUUACAUGUUUCUAAAGAACUGUGGCAGCGGAGACAUCCUUUUGAAGAUUGUUAAAGUAGAACAUGCAGAAAUGCCAGAAGCCAGAAGUGUAGUGACCGUCCUUGAGGAAUUCAUGAGAGAAACAUCAGUGGCUUAA